UCAAGCUGUUUAGCUCACGCACGUGUCCGUGUCUCUAUACACAACAACAAACUCUGUAGAAAGGAAAACAUCAAGCGAAAGAACUUACUGGUUAAAUAGAAUUACGAAGAUGAGUGAUGAAGACCGGGAUGUGGAUGUUGAAAGUGGCGACGAGGACGAUUUGGAAGAGCCAAGAACUUUUGCUUCUCUGGCUGAUAAAAGAGCUCAUCACAAUGCAUUAGAAAGAAAAAGAAGAGACCAUAUAAAAGACAGUUUUUGUGGCUUGAGAGAUUCGAUUCCUUCCUUAGAAGGAGAGAAAUCAUCAAGGGCACAGAUUCUUCACAAAGCUACUGAACAUAUCCAGUACAUGAGAAGGAAAAAUCAUUCUCAUCAGGCUGACAUUGAUGAAUUAAAAAGACAUAACAUGAUAUUAGACCAGCAAGUACGACAAUUGGAAAAAGCAAGAGCCAGUGGUACGCUCACUCUUGAUCCGGCUACUGCUGCUCUUCUCAGCCCUGAUAUGUUGUUACAAGCUCCUUCUACUGAUAAUGUAAUGGUACAAGCAGAUGGCAAAAACGAACCUGUCAUACUGGAGCGCCCCAAUAAUGCUGGUGACCAUGAUGAUUACACAAUAGCACCAAAGCGUUUAAAAGCAGAACCGCCUUAGAAUUUUCAGUAGACUAUAUUCUUCUGUGUUGUCAGGUGUCACUUAAUAAAUCAUUUUAUAUUAUCUUUUCUCUUCGAUAAUUUUUCUCAAUUCCAAUUCGAUGUUGCAAAUAUGAGUGUUUAAAGAAAAGGCCUAAGCGGUGAGUAACAUUGUGUUUUAGUUUAAACAUUAAUCGUAGUUAUCUUCUGCAAAAAACGUUUUCAAGCUAUCUUUAAAAAGCUAAAGAAUAUUUAACAUUCCAUUUCCUCUCUUCUAAUAUUAAUUCUAGUUAAGUUUUUGACAAGUUGUUAUCAACAUGUAUGUAUGUUUUAUAUUGUAAAGACUAAUUUAGUAUACAGUACUGUUUUUUAAAAGGAGCUAUGAAAAGUUCCGUGUUGAUAUUUUUGGCAACUUGAACAGACAUUUAAGUGCUUUUAAUAGUUCCUUUAAAGACAAGAAUGUUAUUUAUUUUGACAAACUUGUUUUACAAACGCAGUAGGCUGGCCACUUGUGCUUCAUUUGUGUUGGUUGAUAAAGAAACCAGUCCAAUAGUUGUAUAUGACGGUUGAAGUUAAACAGUUGUUCAUCCGAAAAUGUGAGAUCGUUCUUAGAAUGAUUUUAAUAAAUUAUCAAUUAAUAUUUAAAGAAACAUUUUUAUAUGAUUUUACAAGCUAGCCAUCAUACUAAAAUAUAUCUAUUGACUAAAUAGUAAAAGGUAAUACAUUUUUAAUUAUGUAGGUCAGUUUCCUGUAUAUGUGAUUGAAAGAUAAGAAUUUUCUCAUAAAAUUUUGCAACUCUGCCUGUCUUGGUUUUAGUUUACGUUUGCACAAAACAAAACAACACUUAGGUUUAUUUGGCAGUAGGUUUUAUCCGUUUUUUUUUUGUAUAUUUGUGAAAAUAAAUCUCUAGAUGGAUAAA